GAUCAGAUCCGAUCCGAUCUCACACGCCAUCAAUCGAACUCAAGUUCAUAUCAAGCAGUUAUAAUACAUUAAUCCAUGGCUUCCUCAACGGAGUUUCUUCUCCACGCCUUCCCUACCCUUCCAUCUUCAACUAAAUUCCGAUCGCUCUCGCUCUCGCUCUCUCUUCAUCCUACGACCUCAAUCUUAUCUCCUCCGCAGCAAAUCAAAUCCAAAUCUGCACUAAAUAAGCCUCCGAGAAGGAAAUUCGUUGUGAGAAUCAGCGAUGGAAGUCCAGAAGCGGUUGGAGCUGCCGGAGAUCUGCUGGCCUCCUUCUCGCUGCCGUUGCCCGGCGGUUUUUCACUCUCUGACAACCCCUGGAUAGCUGGCAUAGCAGGAUUGGCUGUAGCAGUGCCACUCUUGAUUCAAAGACUAUUGACUCUAACAAAGCAAAUUGAUAUGGCGGCGGGCGCGGUGGAGAAAAUAGCCGACGCUGUGGGAAAAGUGGCGGAGCAUGUGGAUGAGGUAGCGGAGGACUUAUCGGAAUCGCUUCCGGAGGGAGGGCUUAAGAAAAUGGUCGGCAUUGUCGAGGAAUUCGCCGAGAAAACACACGAGGGAGCCGAGAAAGUCGAAGAUCUCAUGGAAAAGGUAGACGAACUGACUGACAGAGUAGACGAAUUCGUGACAAUGUCUAAACCUAAAAGUAAUACCACCGAUAUUACUGAGAAAGCGUGAAAUACCAAACAUGCGCUUUUAUUUAUUUAGGAAUAAUAUCAACUUGCUCCUUAAAUUAUUACUUAUUUCUAGUUCGGUCUCAAUUUGUUAUAAUUCUACAUUUUUAUUUAAGGGUGUGUUUGUUUGGAAAA